AUCAAUUUUAGGUAAAAUGGAUUCGUUUAGAGAACUUAGAAAGCCAUGAGGUAACCAGGGCAGAGAGGAAGAAGAGGAGGGGGUUAUAUCUGUAGAGCCUAUGACAAUGAUAGUGCCGCCGGUGUUGCAGGACUUGCUAGAAACGAGGAUGCCUGAGAGCAGUGCCAGUUCGAGCGCUAGGGACAACGGUGGCGACCACCAUACUUCAUCGUCCAGCAGCUCGUCCUUUAAGGAGACACCCAGCCGCGAGGAAUGGACGGGGAAUGUGGUUAGCAAUGUCUCAGAUCUGCCUGUGAUUGGAGAAUGGGAAAGCAGGACGAUCACGAGCAGGUUGAGCAAUCUACGAAAGGUGCCCAAGGACCUGCCCGCUGGAUUUAGAUUCAAGGCAGCGCUUCAUCAUGAAGUAAUAGACAGUGUGCCCUCAAUAAGUGGGUAUAGGAAACUGGAGGAGAUGACGGGCUGGAUGCCAAUGUACGUGGACCACUUUGACGCUGGCCUACGAUUUCCCUUGCCUGAACUGAUAUUCGAUCUGCUGGCGGAUUACGAGCUGGCCCUGACGCGGUUGACGCCCAACAGCAUAAGGUUCAUCAUAGGCUUUAUGCUGUUGUAUGCGUGGUUGGAGAUACCGGCUAAGGCGAUAGUGUUCAGGUCGUUGUUUCAAUGCCGGCUGUAUCCCAACUCCAGAGGCACGAAGUGGUAUUACCUCUCCGGAAGAGAGAAGAGCCAACUGUUCAAGAACGUAAGGAACAAAGUGGCGAGGUGGAAGAGGCAGUUCAUCUUUGUUCCUGCUGCCUUGGGACAUGGAUAUAAAGAAUCAGCUGCUAGAAUACGCGAGAAGGGAAAAUUUGAUAGAUCUAGAGGCCUUGGUUACCUCAGAGUAGCUCGCUGUGUUCGGGUUUGUCAAUGUGGCAAACCUAUUCACAGAAUCAUCAGCGAGCCUAGGGCUCACGAGGUCGCGGAGUGGGCAGCACCUUGCAAAGACAGACGCGAUUUGACGAGCGACCACCUCCAGCGCCUCAAUCACGCAGCUCGUCACAUUGAGGAUCCAGCUCGGCAUCUAGGCCACGGAUCGAGCACAAAGUUGAAGCUGUGGCCCCCAGUGCACGCAGGUGAAUCAGACUACAACGGCGUGCUCAUCAAGCGCGCCAUCUACCACGGCCCGGGUAGCAACGGAGCCCGCGCCUGUGUUGACCUCAGUGUCGGCGGCUCGAUUGCCUAUCCGGAUGGCUUCAGCUAUUUGCAUGGCGGGCAGGUCGCCAUGAUAAAGCUAAUGGAUGCAUUCAGUUACGCGGUAGCGCUAUUCGAGAGCGAGCAGGGGGCUCGCUCUCAAAAUAAUGAGCUCAGCGCCAAUUGCAAGCAGUUGGCCGUAGAGAAGGCCAGCCUUGUGGAUGAUGUCAAUCGUCUGUAAGGCUCGGAGAUGGCCAAUCAAGCUGCUGCAGCAAAGAGCCGAGCAGAUGAGCUCGCC